CAAGAGAGAGGGAGACGCGUCACCACCCUUCCCUUCCCACCACUUUCCUUCUCUCCUCCGAUCUCCUCGCGCGAGUCUCCCGCCUUUCUCUCUCCCCUCCCCUCGUCGCCGGCGGAUUCUCCGGCGAGGUCGCCGCCGCCGGUGUCCGACCCCGCGGCGCCUCCCCCCCCUCGGCCCGUCCAAUGGAGGGCAUCGAGGGGCUCCUGGCGGACUUCGGCGUGCGGCCGCAGGGGAAGGCCGCGCCCAUGGCCGCCUCCCGCUCCCGCUCCACCACCACCACCGGAUCCGCCUGGCCCAACCCUAGAUCCACCCCAGCGCCCGCGCCGUCCUACGACGGGCUCUUCGGCGCGCCCCCCUCCGCGGCCGCCACCACCACCACCUCCUCCCCGUUCGACUCGCUGUUCAAUGGCCCUCCUACUUCCUCCUCCUCCUCGUCGUCGGCGGCGGCGAGGGCCACGGUGUACGACGACGACAUCUUCGGCGCGGUCCCGGGGCUGAGGCCGAGCUCCAAUUCGGCGUCCUCCUCCUCCGCGGCGCGGUACGACGGCGACGACGUGUUUGGGGGUGGCCGGCGCGCGGCGGCGUCCCCCGCGUUUGAUGACGUGUUCUCCAGCAACCGCUCGGCGGCGGCGCCUUCGUACGACGACAUACUAGGUGGGUUCGGGGUGAAGCCGCAGGCGGGGGAGGAGAAGAGGUCGGUGGUGGUUGAGGACGACGACCUGCUCGGGGGGUUCGGGAGGAAGCCACAUUCGGAGGCGGAGAAGAAGCCGGUGGUGGUGGAGAAGGCUAAUGGGGGCAACGGAUUCGAUGAUCUGAUCCCGGGGUUCUCUGGGAGCGGCCCGCAGAGGAGUAGGAAGAUUAUUGAUGAUAACAAAGAUGAGCCAGCAGUUCGAACUUCUAAAUCAACAGCCAGUGUAUUAGAUGAUGACCCAUUUGUUGUUCUAGAAACAAAUUCUGCCUCAGGUUCAACAUAUCCAUCCCCUAGCAGCUUCAUGGAUCCCUUGGAACAUCUGAAUAAUUCUGCAAGCUCUAAAGGCAAGAAUGUUGAUAAUACUACUGAUAAUGAUAGUCUGCCUGAUGAUUCAAGUGCCUUUAACCAGGUUCCAAAAUCAGAUCCUUUGUUUACCUCAGAAUUCAAUGGUGAUACAAAGUAUAUGAAUCCACCAAGCAAAGCCCGAGACUCAAACCCUCUACAUGGUUCAAUGAAUGGAAAUUCAGCACGGGGAUCUUCUACGGAGGACUUAGGAGAUGCCAAGACAAAGUCACAGUCUGCAAGGUACUCUGAUAUUUAUGUCGAUGGCUCAAGUUCAGACAGAUAUGCUACUGAUGGCGUUGGGGAUCAGUCACCAAGAUCUACUGAAUCCGAAGAUGACAUAUGGCUUACAGUUUCUGAAAUUCCCCUCUUCACACAGCCAACUAAUGCUCCACCGCCCUCAAGAUCACCACCUCUUCUUAAACAAAGACCUCUGCAAGCAAAAGCUAAUGGUAAUUAUGAUGGGUAUGUGCGGCAAUCAAACCAAAAUCACAACCAAUACAGAGACAUGCCAGAUCAAGCAGAGGUUUCUUCACUAGAUGAGAUGGAAGGUUUUGCGAAGGACAAGUCCCAAAUGCCUUCUUAUGACGACAAUUUUUUUGGUGAAGCUGAACAAUCUGAAAGAACUUCAUCAGAUCGUGAAGAGAAAGAGAGGCAGGCCAGAUUGGAGCAGGAACAGGAAAUGAAACUGAUGGAGGAAAAGAAGAGAGAACAGAGACGACUUGAAAAGGAGAGAGAAUUGGAACAGCAGAAAGAAAGAGAAAGACAAGCCAUGGAGAGGGCCACAAAGGAGGCCCGAGAGAGAGCAUCUGCUGAAGCUCGUGCAAAGGCUGAAAGGGAGGCCACCCAGCGUGCACAGCGCGCUGCUGUGCAAAGGGCUCAACAGGAAGCUCGUGAGAGGGCUGCAGCUGAGGCUAAAGAAAAAGCUGCAAGGAUUGCUGCAGAAGCAAGGGAGAGGGCUGCAUCUGAAGCCAAGGAGAGAGAGAGGGCUGCAGCAGAAAGAGCUGCUGCCGAGAGAGUUCAGCAAGAAGCAAGGAAGAGAGCUGAACGUGCUGCAGUGGAAAGAGCUGCUGCUGAGGCUCGGGAAAGACAGGCAGCUGCUGCAGCAGCUGCUGCUAGAGAAAAACAGAGCUCAGCAGAUGAUCUUGAGUCUUUCUUUGGUGCGGGUGCCCGAGCAAAUAGUGCGCCAAAGCAGAGGACUCCAACAGUGGAUUCUAUGUUUGAUUCUCAACCUCAAUCUAGAGCAACCACGAAUGGAUCACAGAGAUCAGCCUCCACCUCAGCAUCUAUGAGAAAAGCCCCGUCAGCCACAAAUAUUGGGGAUGAUCUAUCUAAUUUAUUUGGAGCCCCUGCAUCAUCUGAUGUAUUCCAAGAAGUUGAGGGAGAGAGUGAAGAAAGAAGACGUGCUAGAUUAGAACGCCAUCAGAGGACCCGUGAACGAGCGGCAAAAGCUCUGGCUGAGAAGAACGAACGGGAUAUGCAGGUUCAGAGGGAACAGGCAGAAAGAGACAGAAUUGGGGACACACUAGACUUUGAAAUCAGGAGGUGGGCAGCUGGAAAAGAGGGCAACUUACGUGCUUUGUUAUCAACUUUACAAUAUAUACUUUGGCCAGAAUGUGGAUGGCAAGCAGUAUCCUUGACUGAUUUGAUUACUGGCGCCGCUGUUAAAAAGCAGUACAGAAAGGCAACAUUAUGCAUCCAUCCUGACAAGGUGCAACAGAAGGGUGCAAAUCUUCAGCAGAAAUAUACUGCAGAGAAGGUGUUUGAUAUUCUUAAGGAGGCAUGGAACAAAUUCAACUCUGAAGAGCUCUUUUAAACCAUCCACCAUAUGAAUGGAUAUAAAUGUUCAGCCUAACUAUACCCACAUGAAGAACUGGAGGAACAAAGCAGAGAAACGGUGCAGUGAUCAAGUGAAAACUCUGCUAUAAUUACAGUACUAUCAUUGUUUCGUUCUUACACCCUUACCAUUGUGUUUUGCUCUCAUGAUCGUAUUUGUUCACUCCAUUAUACUUCGAAUCUUCAAGACUUGUACUUAUACCUCACACGGGCAACGGCGGCGGUGUACAUGGAUGUAGCUUCUUCUUCUUCUUCUUCUGUUCAUUGGAUUAGUAAUGGCACGGUUCUUUGGGAAGGCUUUUAUACAAGCAUAUUAAUAGGGUAAAGAUACGUGUACAAAAAAUUCUUUUACAAAUACUUUACAAAUGUUAUUGUGGACCGCUGUAUUGAAUCUUGAUUCCUAUAGCUUUCUAACUGAUUAAAUCCAAUGGUUGAGAAUUUUGUUUGCAA